AUGCAUGCCGUUAGUUGCUUCCUGAUUGUUUUUUUUUUCUAACUCAAAUCAAUUAUGUUCAGACUUGUAACCGUUUUAAUUUCUUUUGAUUUAUUUCACUUCAUAGAAAACCGAGAAUGUAAUGGAGUAAGUGGAAAGGUAUGUUGCGAUGGGUAUGCGCUGAAUGAAAUAACCAGGCAGUGCGAAAAGUGUCCUAUAGGGUAUCAUCGUAGCAACUGUUCUGAGAAAUGCGCUUACCCUGUCUACGGAGAUGAUUGUCAAUAUAUAUGUCAUUGUAACAAAAAUGAAUGCCAUUUUGUCACUGGGUGUACUUACAACGAGACAUCAUUCACAGACAAUAGGCUAAGUCCCAUAAGAGAAGACACAACUAAGCGCAACCUUUUGUCUUCAACGAACAAAUUGGUUAUACACCGCACCAUUAAUUACGAUUUUUCCUUGGACAGUAACAUAUACAGCGAUACCACACUCGCAUUUUUGCUUCCAGAUACCGACUUGUUAAAAGACUAUUUAGUGGUUCGUAUUAUAAUCGGCUUAAUUGGAGUUUUUGUCUUCUUCUUUGCCAUUUUUGUUCUGACGUAUAUCUAUUUUAAAUGCUUCCGGAAGACGACCAAUACUAGUGAUAGGGUAAAAGAAACGGAGUGGCAAGCUCAAUACAAAUCUUUGAGUUUUGAUGCAGUGGAACCCCAGCUGAUUCCAUUACACCCAGAUCAACAGGGGCGGGUGAAUGCAGAUUUCACAUACCUUACUCCAGUGUUUAGUGGCAACGAGAGUCGAGAAGCACGUCACACAGGUGAAAUAAGAAAUGAAAAUGAGAUAAUACCUGAGACCCUUCUACAAGAACAGAGAGUUUGCAACCAAAAAAGUACCAGCAGACAGGAUGAACCAAACAGUACAAAUAUGCAUGAUGAUGUUCAAGAGCAUGUCUACAUUGAGAUUACGGAAGAAAAGAUUGAAAGUUCGAAAUGAGAUGCAGAUCCUGAAAAUGAAAACAAAAGGUUUACCUACACUAAGGCUAACAAGAAAUAACUCUUAACGAAUCUGAUGUAGAAAUAGUCAUUGGUGUAUAUAGCAGUGUCUACAUGUGCGUACAAGAAUUGUGGUUUUUAAAAUCAUACGAAAUAAGAGGGUUUCUAUUUUAUAAAUGCAUUAUUCCUUUUAUUUCUGUAUUAUAUUUAUAUGUUAUCAAUUUGUUUCAUUUAUGUAGUAUAUGUGAUCAAAUAAACUUAAAAUAUUAA